AGGUUAUUAUCGAUGCAGUUCCACGAACGCGUGCUCACCUCGAGAUGGAUUCCGACCCUUUUCGAAGCUGCCCGACGCGCCAUUUUCCCCAAUAACAUCCUUGCACCUGCACGUACCACCCCGACAGAGGACGAAAUCGCGCAGAUCAAGCACGAAUGCGCUGCGGCCCUCGUGGACAGCAUUCCCGAUGUUGUGCGGACGACCUUUUUUGCCACACGAGACAUGGAUCAGAUGAGAGCGGAUGUCGAGUCGGAUUUGGACCUGUUUGGUCUUGCCUAUCUGAAUAAACAUCUCGUCGUGCGUGUGGUCGAGCUUCUCGUGGUUCGAUUGUUUCCAGAGCUGGGCAGUUUGUAG